UCUUGCUCCGGCCAGCCAGACGUUCUGCUCCCCUCGCCAGCAAGCAGGGACGUGGGUGGCCAUGCUGCACUGGGGAUACGACGAGCACAACGGGCCUGCUCGCUGGAAAGAGGUUUUCCCUGUUGCUAAUGGAGACCGUCAGUCCCCCAUUGACAUCCAAACUGAAGAAACCAAAUAUGACCCCGCUCUACCUCCUAUUAGCCCUAACUAUGAUCCAACUUCUGCUAAAGUCAUCCUCAACAAUGGACACUCCACAAGUGUAGAAUUUGAUGACACAGAAAAUAAAUCAGUGCUGAGAGGGGGACCACUCAGUGGAAGCUAUAGGCUGCGCCAAAUUCACUUUCAUUGGGGGGCCAGCGAUGACAUUGGCUCUGAGCAUGCAGUGGAUGGAAAGAAGUAUGCAGCCGAGGAACCAGGUGAGAUGGAGUAUAAAGAAUUAAUAGAGCUUCAUGUGGUUCACUGGAACUCGGACAAAUAUUCCACUUUUGUUGAGGCUGCUCGGCAGCGGGAUGGAUUAGCUGUCAUGGCAGUAUUUCUAAAGAUUGGUGAAUGUAACUCUCAGCUGAAGAAAAUUACUGACCGUUUGGAUGCCAUUAGAGCCAAGGGUAAACAAGCACUGUUCACAAACUUUGACCCUUCCUGUUUGCUUCCUCACUCUCUGGACUACUGGACUUAUCUUGGCUCUCUUACUGUUCCACCUCUUCUUGAAAGUGUCAUCUGGAUAAUUCUCAGAGAGCCUAUAAGUGUUUCCUCUGAGCAGCUAGCCAAAUUCCGCAGCCUUCUGUGUACUGCUGAGGGAGAGGGAGCCUGCUGCAUGCUGAGAAACUACCGGCCACCGCAGCCUUUAAAGGGACGGGAAGUCAGAAGGAAUUAAGGAGUAAAGCAAGAAUCAGCCACUGCUGAGACCACUUAGGAGGCUGAAUUAGUUUUUAAUAAUAAUAUAUUUUGUGCCUAAUGAAUAGGUAUUAUUUUAUUAUUCAGUUACAAUGCAGUCAUUUCAGCAAGACAAAGAUGUCCUGACUUGUAGCAUUUGGGCCGAUUUUAACUGGUUUGAAUGGGUUUUGUCUCUGUUGGUACGUGUGCAUUGUGGUGUUAGUGUUUGCAGCAGAGCUUACUGAACAACUUAGUUUCAGUCUGUGCAUGUGAAUGCAAUCCUACAUAUUGAGUCUCAUCCUACAAAGUGCUGAGCAACUCCUGCAAGGUACUGGACACCCUCAACUCCCUUUCAUGUCAGUUGCAGUUGAGGAUACAUAGCCCCCUGAAGGGCUAAGCCCAGUUUUUUAACACCAUAAAUCUUUCUUUAGGGACUAGACUGGCCUCUUCCUUUAAUUUUCAAGGAGAAAUUAAUAUUUAAAGCUGGUAGGAUUUCAUUACUGAUCAUAAGCAAAGUGAUCCUGUUUAAGCUGGGACGCCAUGAUAGAUUUACUAAAAAAUAUAGUAUCCACUAAUGACAUUUAACCCACAAAGUAUACAAAUGUAUUUACAGGCAUUAACUUCCUCCGGGCCCCAGGGGUGCGCAACCCCCUGCUCUGCCCCGGCCCUACUCCCACACGACCCUUUCCCCCAAAUCCCUGCUCUG